ACAUUUUUUUCACUUACACCAAACUUAAAUGCGAAGGACAGGUGGAGUUGUUGACUACUUCUAGACUCUAGUGGCUAGUAGCAAUCAUUUGGCAUUAAACAAUGGCUAAUCAACUUAAACUUCCAUGGCAAAGAUGGCUUAUCUCUUCUACAUUGCUCCUUACUAUCCUCUUCCCUUUAAGCAUUUCAUCAAACACCUGGUCAGCGUUGCUUGUUGAUUCCCAGAAGGAAACUCAUCAGUUCCCCAAUAUUUAUUCCAUUGAAAUUAUCAAUGAGUAUCCUCAUGAUCCCAAAGCUUUUACUGAGGGACUACUCUAUGGAGGAAACAAUACUCUUUAUGAAUCAACUGGUCUAUACGGAGAGUCUUCAGUCAGGAGGGUAACUCUGCAAACAGGAAAGGUUGAGGCACUUCAGAAAAUGGAUAGUUCUUAUUUUGGGGAGGGAUUAACUUCCAUUGAUGAAAGGUUGUAUCAACUGACUUGGGAGCAGAAAACUGGUUUUAUUUAUGAUAAAGACAGUUUGAAGAGAUUAGGGGAAUUUGAUCACCAAAUGAAUGAUGGAUGGGGAUUGACAACUGAUGGGAAAAUCUUAUUUGGAAGUGAUGGUUCAUCAACAUUAUAUCAGUUUGAUCCCCAAACAAUGGAAGAGAUACGGAGGCAAACUAUUAGAUACAAGGAUCAUCAAGUGCAUAACCUGAAUGAGUUGGAAUACGUAAAUGGAGAAGUGUGGGCAAAUAUUAUUCCGACUGACUGCAUUGUUAGAAUAUCACCGGAGGAUGGAAUAGUGCGUGGCUGGGUUCUUCUUUCCAUUUUGAGAGAAAGAUUGAUGGCAGCUCAUGAAAUAGAAAUUUACGAUGUUUUGAAUGGUAUAGCAUGGGACCGUGAUGGAGAGCGCAUAUUUGUAACUGGAAAAAAUUGGCCGAAACUAUUCGAGAUCAAGCUUCUUCAACUGAACAAUCAUUCUGGAAGUGAUAUUCUGAGGCAGUGUGUGCCAAUUAUAGACAGUUCUAAAGCCAUGGAGUAGCAACAGUCAUUCGGAAGCUGGUUUCUUUGAUUUUCAAAUAAAAAUAAGCAUUGCUUUGUAUUUGUCCACUUUCGAUAAACUCGUUUGUUGAUCUUCGUUGAAUCCAAUAAACAUAGAUCUUACGAGUUGAAUCAAUUUCGUUCCCUUA